AUGUAUGUAUGUAUGUAUGUACUUUUUAAUAUCUAUCAGUCAGCAUUUUCACAUCUAUCUAUCUAUCUAUCUAUCUAUCUAUCUAUCUAUCUAUCUAUCUAUCUAUCUAUAUAUGUCUGUUCGUAUGUAUGUAUGUAUGUAUGUAUCUAUCUAUCUAUCUAUCUAUCUAUCUAUCUAUCUAUAUCUAUCUAUCUAUCUAUCUAUCUAUGUCUGUUCUUAUCCUUUUCGCAUCUAUCUAUCUAUCUAUCUAUCUAUCUAUCUAUCUCAGUCUGUUCAUAUCUAUCUAUCCACAUAUCUCUCUCUCUCUCUCUCUAUAUAUAUAUAUAUAUAUAUAUACAUAUAUAUAUCAGUCUGUUCAUAUGUAUCUAUCUAUCUAUCUGUCUCUAUAUAUAUGUAUCAUUCUAUUCAUAUCUAUCUAUCUAUCUCUCUAUAUAUGUAAACAUUUCUAUUCUAUCUAUCUAUCUAUCUAUCUAUCUUUCUAUCUUAUCUCUUCCCGCUACAAUUAAGCGUCGUUUGAUGUUAUGGAUUGACGACAUCACACGGCAUAAAGUAGAUACAAAAGACGACGGCAACACCAAAGACUCAACAUCAAAGAGUGGACAAGCUCAGUCUAUCUAUCUAUCUAUCUAUCUAUCUAUCUAUCUAUCUAUCCCCUUUGUGCCUAUCUAUUUAUCUAUUUCAUCUAUCUAUCUAUCUAUCUAUCUAUCUAUCUAUCUGUCUGUCUGUCUGUCUGUCUAUUGCUGCAACAUUUAG